GUUUUUCUAAAAGUAAACUUUGUAUUCAAAUGAACGAAGAAUUCAUAGAUUGGGACAUUCAUAAAAGUACAGACACUUGUACUGAACCUAAUGAUCCACUUUCUGCUUAUCUUAAUGAUUCUGAAGAAGAAUAUUGUUCAACUUUUGUAAAAGAUAUUGAUGAUCUUUCUUUAACAAAGAAUGGACAAACACCAUUUAUUGUAAACACUACUGUAGAACAAAUAAAGCCAUUAUCAUCUUCCUCAAUGGAAAUAUCCAAAAAAAGACUAGAUAUAGAGCCGAUACCUAUAACUAUUACUAUCAGUGACCCUGUGAGGAAACAAGAUGCUUUACAAAAUAGCUACAUAUCCUAUCUAAUAACAACCGAUACACAACAUGAAAGUCUUAGAUCAAUAAGCCCAGUAAGAAGAAGAUAUCAAGAUUUUGUUUGGUUACAUGCAUCACUAGUACGAGAGUAUCCAGCAUGUAUUAUUCCUCCUUUACCAGAAAGACAUAGAUUAGAAUACAUAAAAGGAGAUAGAUUUAGUGUUGAGUUUAUACAAAAGAGAUUAUUAAGUUUGCAAUGGUUUUUGGAUAGAGUAUCAAGGCAUCCUAUAUUACAAAUGUCACCCUGCUUUCGUCUAUUUUUGUCAUUGACUGAUUUUGAAGGUUAUAAUCAAGAACAUGCAUCGAAUAUAUCCCAGUCAUCUUUACUCUUUGAAUCUAUUAGUGAAACACUUUUGAAUGCAUUCACAAAAAUAAGAAAACCAGAUGAAAGGUUUCAGGAUAUAAAGGAACAUAUAGACAGGUUUGAAGAGAAUUUAAUCAUUAUUGAAAGACUUUAUAUGAGAAUCAAUAAACGACAAAAAGAUUUACAAAAGGAUUAUUCCCAAUUUGCUAACAGUGUUGAAGGCUUAUCUAAAUUGGAAACUGAUGCUACUAGUUUAUUAUAUCAAUUUGCAGAAACCACCAAAGCAUAUUCGAGUGUAAUGAAAGAAAUGACAAAUAUAGAAGAAAUACAAUUUUUGAAUGAAAUUCAUGGAUUAAUAUUGUAUUGUCAUUCAGCUAAAGUUAUAUUAAAAGAAAGAGAUCAGAAACAAAUAGACUUUGAAGGUCUAUCAGUUCAUUUGCAACAAACACUUUGUUUAAGAGAUAGAAUACAAUAUCCAGAACGAAAAUAUAAUGAAAGAGGUUUAAAUAUAACUGAAUAUAUUACUGAUAAAUUUGAUGAAAUAAGAGAAGGUGCAAAUAUAGCAAAACGAAAUAAAUUAAACAAGUUAGAAAGACGUAUUAAUGAGUUACGACAAGAUGUAUCGAAAACAAAUGACGAUUUAAACGCAUUUUCUGAACAAAUUCUUGAAGAAAUUAAAAUAGUUGAGGAAACAAAGAUGUUAGAAUUGAAACGUGGAUUAUUAGCUUAUGCAGAUUGUCAUAUUAAGUUCUAUGAAAAGGGAAUUACAAUUUGGGAAAAAUUAAUGUCUUUAUUAAAAAAGAUGGAUGAUAUCAAAAGCUGA